AUGGAGAACGGCACCGAGGGCAAGAACUUCUACAUUCCCAUGAACAACAGGACUGGCCUUGUGAGGAGUCCUUUUGAAUACCCACAGUACUAUUUGGCUGAUCCAAUCAUGUUCAAACUGCUAGCUGUUUAUAUGUUUUUUCUGAUCUGCACUGGAACUCCCAUCAAUGGUCUAACAUUGCUGGUCACAGCUCAAAACAAGAAACUUCGGCAACCUCUCAACUUCAUUCUGGUCAACUUGGCUGUGGCAGGACUGAUCAUGUGCUGCUUUGGAUUCACCAUCACCAUCACUUCUGCUGUCAAUGGCUACUUUAUUCUUGGACCAACUGCAUGUGCUGUUGAGGGAUUCAUGGCUACUCUUGGAGGUGAAGUUGCCCUCUGGUCACUGGUGGUGCUGGCAGUUGAGAGAUACAUUGUUGUCUGCAAACCAAUGGGAAGUUUCAAGUUUACUGCAACUCAUGCUGGAGUUGGGGUUGCUUUUACUUGGAUCAUGGCGAUGGCUUGUGCUGCUCCUCCACUAGCUGGCUGGUCCAGAUAUCUUCCUGAGGGAAUGCAGUGCUCAUGUGGACCUGACUACUACACACUGGCCCCAGGCUACAACAAUGAAUCAUAUAUCAUCUACAUGUUUGUCGUCCACUUCCUUAUUCCUGUCUUCAUCAUCUUCUUCACUUAUGGCAGCCUUGUGCUGACAGUGAAAGCUGCAGCAGCACAACAGCAAGACUCAGCGUCUACCCAGAAGGCUGAGAAGGAAGUGACCCGUAUGUGCAUCUUGAUGGUCUUUGGCUUCCUGAUUGCCUGGACCCCAUAUGCCACUCUCACUGCCUGGAUCUUCUUCAAUAAGGGAGCUGCCUUCACUGCCAUGUCCAUGGCCAUUCCUGCUUUCUUUGCAAAGAGCUCAGCAUUGUACAAUCCUGUCAUUUAUGUGCUGAUGAAUAAACAGUUCCGUAACUGCAUGCUGAGCACUAUUGGAAUGGGUGGUAUGGUUGAAGAUGAGACCUCAGUUUCUGCAAGCAAGACAGAAGUGUCCUCUGUGUCACAGGCUUGA